UCCCGCCUAGAAAGUUCAAUGAUAUUCCCAGCAAUGCUUUGCGAAGGAUAGGCGGGGUCAGGGACUUUAUUUCUCUCUGGGCUCCAGGUUAUAUUGCCCCCUCCCCCACGCCCACUUUCGCCUCUAUAUGCACGCACGCGCGCACGGGCCAUCCCAGGUCUGUGAAGGAGGGCGGAGUUUGCCGCGAGUGCUAGAAAGAGAGAGAGAGUGAGAGAAAUUCGCGUUUGAUCUGUAGGAGACUUUGGGCGUUACAUCUCCUCCGGCCAUUAGAUCUCUUCCUUCCACUUUUAAGAAUACCUCGGGGAGUUGGUGCAUUUAUUUUUUUUUUAAAAAAAGCUCAAAGCACACCGAUAUAUUAGUUCUCUGAAAUGGGUGGAAAGAAUGAGCACGUGAAGGUCACAACCGAGCACAAGCCUGGGUUUCUAGAGCGCCUGAGUGAGACUUCUGGAGGGAUGCUUGUUGGCCUCGCCACCUUUGCCCUGUCUUUCUACAUUCUUUUUACCAAUGAGGGGCGAGCUUUGAAAACAGCCUCCUCUUUGGCCGAGGGGCUUUCCCUAGUUGUCCCGCUUGACAACAUCCAGAUUAUAUCCCAUGAGAAUGACAAGAAACUUGUGCACUUCUCUGGUAUCCUUAGAACAUCAAAGCCUCUAUAUGAUCCCAGCUAUGGGCUCUCUAUCCGGGCAGUCAAGCUCAAACGUCAGGUGGAGAUGUAUCAGUGGGUUGAACAUGAAGAUUCCAAAGAAUACGAAGAAGAUGGUGAAGUAAAGAAAGAAACAAGAUAUUCUUACAAUACGGAAUGGAAAUCGGAAGUUGUGAAUAGCAGAAAUUUUGAUCGAGAAAUUGGACAUAAAAACCCUAGUGCCAUGGCUGUUGAAUCUUUCACUGCAGUUGCUUCUGAUGUUCAAGUUGGCAAGUUCUUCCUUUCCAGGGGCCUCAUUGAGAAGAUUAAUAAUUUCAAGCAGAUGAGCCUAUCAAAAUUGGAAGAUCCUCAUGCAGAUGUGAUCCGCUCAGGGGAUUAUUUCUUUCAUAGUGAGAACCCACGGCGUCCAGAAGUUGGGGAUCUUCGUGUUUCAUUCUUCUAUGCAGGUUUAAGUGAAGACUUCUCACGCACAGCUCUACCAGAUAUGGUGACCAUAGUUGCUCGUCAGCAAGAGGAUCACUUGGUUCCUUACCAAACCAAAUCGGGGGAUGUCUUAAAUAUUCUCUAUCCUGGAGAGCUCACAGCUGAGGAAGUAUUUCAGAAGGAACAUGAGAGUAACAGCAUGAAAACCUGGGGCCUACGUGCAGCUGGAUGGUUGUCUAUGUUUUUAGGCAUCAGCCUUAUGACCAGAAUUAUUCAUACCCUGGUGGAUUGGUUUCCAGUUGUCCGGGAUCUGGUUAACAUUGGUUUGAAAGCAUUUGCCUUUUGCUUAGCCACUUCUCUCUCAUUGCUGACCAUUUCAGUGGGCUGGCUCUUCUAUCGGCCCUUCUGGGCACUAUUGAUUGCUUUGUUGGCUGUAGUUCCCAUUCUGAUUGCAAGAUCUCGGGUUCCAUCAAAGAAACAGCAGUGACAUCAUGGAAGAAGCACCUUCUUUGUACUCACAUUUCUUUGGAAACUUCAUACAUUCAAUGCUUUUAUCAUAUUUGAAGAAAAUACCAUCAUGGAUAUUUUUGCUCAAAACAAAACACUUCUUUAUAUUGCAGUACAGAAAAUGCACCAUCAGCGUGUUCUAUAAUCAUUUUAGAUAUGUUACUUUCAUUAUGCAAUCCAGGGGUAAGAAACUAAGCAUUUCUGAAUUAUAGCUCCCAGGAGCAUGGGUACCAUGGUCAGGGGUACUAAGAUCCAUAUAUAUUUAGACCAGGCCUGCACAGCUGGUAGAAAAGACCACAUUGAUAAAAUAAGUGCAGGCCACAAAUAGCAAUAGCACUUAUAUGCUGCUCCAUAGUGCUCUGGGCGGUUUAGAGUCAGCAUAUUGCCUCCAAUAUUCUGGAUCCUCAUUUUCUGACCUCAGAAGGAUGGAAGGCUGAGAAAACUUUGAGCCCAUCAGGAUCGAACAGUGGCCCCCAACCUUUUUGGCACCAAGGACCAGUUCCGUGGAGAAAGGUUUUUCCACAGACCAAAGGGAGCAUGGUUUUGCAUGCUGCCUACAUCCUGUGGAUGGGGCUUCGCUUGUUGGCACAGCCUGGUUACUGGCAUGCCACGGACCGGGGAUCCCUGGCCCACAAUACUGCAUUCUAGCCACUGUGCCACAAUGACUCAAAGCAAUCUGUGAUGUGCCAAUUAGUUCUUUGGUGACAGUAUUGGAAGUGGCAGUGAGGCCUGCAGGUGUUCGGUAGCAUGUCUUUCAGAGUGGCAGUGAAUUUAUUGACUUUUUAAAGAAUGCUGGAAUGCGGCAUGAAGCUGCUUGGCUGGUCAGAUGCUGUGCAGGCCUGAUCUAAACAUUGACAGGUUUCAUACCAAGUAGAAACAAACUUGGAAAUAGAAAGUUGAAUGAAAUGUAAAAAAGCUAAGCAAAUUAGGUUUCCUAUGCAACUUAUGUAAAAUGUCUUCCUAUCUUCAUGGAGAAUAGGUAUAUGGACUCAAUGGGGAUCAUAUGAGGCUUUGAAGAGUGAGUAAAUCCUUGUCAGAUUAAUCUAUUCCUUAUCUAUAACUUCAUGUAUUAUAGCUUUACUGCAUGCAACUUUUUGAAGUUUUUGUCAUAUUUCACUUACCUUCAUUUUUGUUAUUCUUACUAUCCUGUUUGAAUUCUCACGUAGGUACUUACUUUAUCUGUAACACCUUGAAUUAUACGUGGAUCAAAGUAUCCUACACCACUCUGGUAUUUCUGUGAUGCUGUUUAUUUUCACAUUACUAUAUUCAGCAUUAUUGUACCUCAAUCUUAUGAUUUAUACUUAUCCAUGCUUCAUUUUUUUUCAAUAAGUAAAAUAAUUUAUGAUUUCAGGUGGUUUUUUUUUUUACCUGUGACUUGAAAAUUGUUUCCUGAACCAACUCAGUAAUUUACUGAUGGUUUCAUGAAUUAUGAUUUUUAAAGACAAACCAAAGAUAUACCCAAAGGGAGAAGAGACUUUCUGCUGUUCACGUAACUUGCUCCAUGGGCAAAUUAAUAUAUUUGUUUUUUUACUGAAAAAUUAUGUAGAGUAAGGUUGGGUACUCAAUGUACUAAUGGUACUCUGGCAAAAAUUUUAUUUGAAACCUGCCCAAUUUCAGGAAAAAAAAGAGUGUAAUACUUUAGAAUUGGGUGCUUUAAAUCUGUACAACAGUUUGUAACUUUGUUGAUUUUGUCCAGACAUUGCCUGCUUUAUUACAAAUUAUAAAAGCAAAUGAAUUCCCUUAAAUCUAGGACUGAAAGAAUAUGUUAACUAUUCAUACCCAGAAUAGGUUUUUUUCCCCUAUAGCUUCAAUCACUGCUUUUUCUGGGUUCAGAACUGUAAAUUGUGCACACAACCUUCAAUUGGACUAUUUUAUAAAAACUCUGAAGCAAUCAAAAAGCCAGUGUAUACCCCAUUGCAAGCCAUUGCCAGCAAUGAGAUGAUCCCAAAACAUGGAUUACAUAGAAACCUUUUAUAUGGAUGCAAUCUACUAUGGUAAGAGACCUAAGCUCUGAUAUUCUGUAUCUAAAAUAAUUGUCAGUAUUAUUCUCAGCUCAUUAUUAGAGGUACAUCAAAUUAGUCUAAGAGAAACAACUAAACCAAGGCUCUAGAAGUAAAAAAAAGUUCAUUAGCAUCAUCCUGGAUCUGCCCUUUUCUUGAAUUUAGAUUCAUUGGUCUGGUGCUAUCUAAUGUCAUUUCACUAAAGUCCAACUACAAUUUGCCAUGGAGUUAUUCAUCAUUUUGUUAAGAUGUCAGUUGAAUCACUGGUACAGAACGAAGCAUGGUGGCUGCUUCCAACUAAUUUCUAAGUUUGUAUUCUUUAUUUUUAGAAUAUCAUUUGUAAACGUUUCUAUGGAUGGAAAUGCUUUAUCUUCUAUUUUAUGAAUAAAACUUCAAGAAAAAUA